CUCUCCCAGCCCUCUAAUCUCUCUCACUCUCUCCUCUCUUCACUACCAAGGAGCUUUGGAGAGCCUCCCAAGAACAAACCUAUAUAUAAACAUUGGUUGAGUGAAACUUGAAUGAACUCGCGCAAGGAUUGUUUCUGUCUGUGUUCAGAAAAGUAGCUUUCUCCUCGAUCACAGGGCCUUUUGAAAAUUUGACGAGGAUUCUUUCGGUCCAGCAACAGCAGAUCACCAAACAAAAAUGGAGCUUCAAAAGAUAAACGGACACAGCAGGGACGAUGGGUUUGAUGGGCUCGAUGCUUUGGCAGAGCAUGAGGAGUUUCUCCCCCAUAAAACUGGCGUAAAAAAAGAAAUGCACUUUACAGACUUCGAGGGAAAGACUUCAUUUGGCAUGUCCAUCUUUAACCUCAGUAACGCCAUAAUGGGCAGUGGAAUUCUGGGAUUGGCUUUCGCGAUGUCCAACACCGGAAUCAUUCUUUUUCUAAUCCUGUUGUUCUUCAUCGCUGUUCUGUCUGCGUAUUCAAUUCAUCUGUUGCUGAGAAGUGCUGGAGUUGUUGGCAUCCGAGCGUAUGAACAGCUUGGAAAUCGGGCUUUUGGUCCUCCAGGAAAAAUGCUGGCUGCCUGCAUCAUUACAGUCCACAAUAUUGGAGCGAUGUCCAGCUAUCUCUUCAUCGUGAAGUCUGAGCUCCCACUGGUUAUUCAAGCUUUCCUCGGUAAACAUGAAAACACAGGAGAGUGGUUCUUGAAUGGAAACUUCUUGAUCAUCAUUGUUAGUGCUCUCAUCAUCCUCCCUCUAGCACUCAUGAAACAACUUGGUUACCUUGGCUAUACAAGUGGCUUCUCCCUCUCCUGCAUGGUGUUUUUCCUCAUUUCGGUUAUAUACAAAAAAUUCAACAUCCCCUGUCCUCUGGAUGAUGAACAUGAUAACACGACUCAUAUUCUCGACCACUACAAUGAACAUAACAUCACAGAUGACUUCUGUGAGGCCAAGAUGUUUACCAUGAACUCUCAGACAGCAUACACCAUACCCAUCCUGGCUUUUGCUUUUGUCUGCCACCCAGAGGUGCUACCAAUCUACACUGAGCUACGAGAUGCCACCAAGAAACGCAUGCAGACUGUUGCCAACAUCUCCAUCCUGGCCAUGUUCGUCAUGUACCUAUUGACCGCUCUGUUCGGUUACCUCACCUUUUAUGGUGCUGUGGAGUCAGAGCUGCUGCACACUUACAGUCGCGUGGACCCGCUAGAUGUCCUGGUUCUCUGUGUGCGUCUGGCUGUGCUGGUGGCUGUAACUCUGACUGUUCCUGUGGUUCUCUUCCCUAUUCGCAGGGCCUUGCUUCAGAUCUUGUUUCCUGAAAAACCUUUCCACUGGGCCCGACACAUCAUCAUCGCAUUUUGUCUCAUCUUCAUUGUCAACAUUCUUGUAAUAUUCGUGCCCUCAAUCCGCGACAUCUUCGGCCUCAUUGGAGCCACAUCUGCCCCCAGCCUCAUUUUUAUCCUUCCUGGAAUCUUCUACGUCCGGAUCGUUCCUGAAGACCAGGAGCCUAUGAAGUCAAGACCCAAGAUUCAGGCUGCAUGCUUUGCUGCAUUGGGAUUCGUCUUCAUGGUCAUGAGUUUGUCGUUUAUUAUCAUUGACUGGGUGACCGGAGAAUCUCGAAGUGGAGGUGGCCAUUAGACGCCACGACUGAACGGAGGUACUACAAGCAGAAUGUGAACCAAAGCUCUCCCUCUCAAUAAAUUACCCCGAUCUUUGAAGUUGUCAUCCAAAGCCAAACAGGAAUAUUUGGCUACACAAGGCGAAGGAUAUGUGAAGGACCUUUCGCUUACUUUUUUUUUUAGAAAAAAGGAAAAUGUUUCAACAUGUGAUGGGGCAGGAAAAAAACAUCCUGUAAUGGAGGAGAGAACACAGAUGUAUGAAAAUACAAAGUGAUGUGUUUGGGGGUCAUGUGCAGCAAAAGGAUGAAUGGGAACAUCGUGACUAAAAUGGAAAUCCCGUUUUAGAGUAUGGAUGUGUACAGUUCCAUGGAAUAGCUCAGUCACUGCCAACAUCCUUCUACUCUACUUCCCUACCAUCUCAGAUUUUACAGGACAUUAAUUUGAGUUGUGAGGCAAUCAUUUCCUUUCUUUUCCCAGGUGUUUGCUUUUGAUCAAACAAAAUCAGACAUUUCAGUUUGUUCCUUUGUCAGUCGCAGUUUGAAAACUGCCAAACUUGCCAGUGCAGUGUUGCUCAAAUUUCCCUAAACUUGACAGAUUCACCUAAAUGUGAGCAGCAGUUCUACACAAACACUUCCAUUCAAUCAAAUUACAAUGUGAUGUGACUCUUACCUGGAAUUUAACUGAUGUGCUUAAUGUGAAAUUGUAUUAAUCUUGUUUUUUUUGACACUUAACAUGAGUGUUGUAAAGGUGAUCUUCAGAGCUGAGUCUGAGCUGCCCACCGAUCCAACAAAUAUGGUGCAAUUUGUAGGAUUUUGCUGCUGUUCAUGAAGGUCAAACACACAGUUCCUGACGAUCAUGUGUGAAUGAACAGACACAGAGAGGUGGUUUGUACAAUACAAAGUUUUUAUGUG